UGGACAACCUUCACCAUGUUGGUCCUCAUCUUGGUUGGUCUCGCUCUGAUGGCUGUGGAUCCUUCAGAUGGACAGGAGUUGAAGCUUCUUCGUGGCAGUUGUCCCCCGUUCUGGAACAGCUAUGGGAACCGCUGCUACAAAUACGUUGCUACACCAAUGACCUGGGGAGAUGCAGAACUUCACUGCGUGUCACAAGGUGCCAACCUGGUGUCUGUCCAGAGUCAUGGAGAGGACACUUUUGUCCACACUCUGAUCAGAAACUUCGACCCUGCUCAGCCAGCAACCUGGAUUGGACUCAGUGAUGCUCAGAAGGAAGGAGUGUGGCUGUGGUCUGAUGGGUCCAAAAUUACCUUUCAGGCUUGGUCCACAGGACAGCCAGACAACUAUAAAGGCAAAGAACACUGUGGACACACUAACAGAGACACAGAUAAGAGAUGGAAUGACAUUCCCUGUACAUAUAAAUAUUCUUUCGUUUGCAAGUCUCGCAAAAUGUGUGACUAAAGCAAAAAGGGUUUGUAUUGGUUCCUGUUUGUAACUAAACUGAUCAUUUGUUCUGUCUUCUGUGUGGCAAAAGACCAACUGUGUAAAAUAAUCUUCAUGUUUUUCUUCAUUAUUCAUCUGUCUUAAAUGUCCAAGAAACAACUUCUAAAUGAUCAUAGAUUUUUUACUUCCAUUGAAAUGUGAAUAUCUUGUCAUUUUAAAAUGUUAAUAUUUUUUUUUUAAAUUAAAAGGAAUGUUGUCAAGACAAUAAACUUUAAGUAUGUGACAAAAUGUAUGUGUAAGGUUUUGUCUUUGGAAAACAACAGCUAUUGUGCAAUAUGUUAAAGUUAUUUGGGGAUAUUUGUUUUAAAAUUCUAUUCUAAUUUGAAAAAUCAUUAAUUGAAAACAACCAAUUAAGAAAUUUAGCAUUAAAUAUAAAACCUCAAGUUAUUUUCUUAUAGAUUGGAUUACAAAGAGCUAAAUCAUGAAACCAUCAUGAAAUCAUGAUGAUCGGAGUCAUAUUUAUGUUUCCAAAGCAAUCACUAUAGCUGUAAAUGACAAGUUUGUGAAGUAACACAUAAAAGUCAGUAUUUGCUUCCAUUUUCAUUCUGA